AUGAGCGCUGUUGUCGAAUAUCUUAAAGCCCCAGUGCACGACCUCUUUGCCUGGGCUCGUAUUAGUUCUAUGUGGCCUGUUACUUUUGGUUUGGCUUGUUGUGCUGUUGAAAUGAUGCACGUCGCCGCUGCUAGAUAUGACUUGGAACGUUACGGUAUCUUCUUUAGACCAACACCUCGUCAAUCCGAUGCCAUGAUUAUUGCUGGUACCUUGACAAACAAAAUGGCUCCUGCUCUUCGUAAAGUUUGGGAUCAAAUGGCUGAACCACGUUACUCUGUUUCUAUGGGUUCUUGUGCCAAUGGUGGUGGUUAUUAUCACUUUUCUUAUCACGUUGUUAGAGGUGCCGAUCAAAUUAUACCUGUGGACGUUUACGUUCCUGGAUGCCCUCCAACCGCUGAAGCUUUAUUAUAUGGUGUUUAUAUGCUUCAAAAGAAGAUUAAGAGAAAUCCAUACAGAAAGGAAAUUAUGGAACAAGAUUUUAACCAACCUGGUAAAUUAUAUAGAGCUGAAAAGGAAUUGAGCGUUUCUGAUAAUUUGAAACUUUUGAAACAACAAGAAUAA